AGGCUAUUGUAAGUUAAAAAUAGAGUUAGAAGUUAAAAUACAGUAUCAAAUUGUCCUUGUAUACCAUAUCUGUACUGAUAAAAGAUACAGAUAUCCCUAUUUUCUCAGUUCUGCACAUCCAAAGAUAGACAAAUAGUAGGACAUCUAAAAAGAAAGUGAAUCCCAAACAAACACCACUACAAAAACCAAUACCCCUUUUUUCAGAAAAAAAAAAACAGAAACAAAUUUCAAGAAAGAAAUAUUACUAAGCACUACUUCUACUAGUACUAGUAAUAGAAUCUCAACCCUUCAAAAUCCCUUACUGGUUUCUUAAGCAAAAAAAAAAAACAUGAUAGUAUAAUCUUUCAAAAAUCUCCCUAAAAUGGGGUAGCUCAAGAAACUAUUUUGUUGCAUUUUCUCUAUUUUCUUGAUCAUUCUUACCAUUUUCAAGAAUCUCUAAAAAAUGGGGUUGUCCAAGAAACCAUUAUGUAGCAUUUUGUCAGUUUUCUUGGUGGUUAUUGUAAUUUUCAGGAAUGUAGCACAAGUUGAAUGUGCAUCAGGAAACACUUAUUUGGUGUACAAAGGUUGUGCAAAACAGGCAUUAUCAGAUCCAUCUGGUGUUUACUCACAAGCACUUUCAACUCUUUUUGGCUCUCUAGUUUCACAGUCUUCAAAGUCCAAGUUUUACAAAACUACUACUGGUACUGGACAAAGUACUGUAACUGGUCUUUUUCAGUGUAGAGGUGACCUUUCUAAUGUUGAAUGUUACAACUGUGUAAAUGGUUUGCCAAUACUUAUUGACAAGCUUUGUGGCACUCCUGUUGCUGCAAGAAUCCAGCUUUUAGGGUGUUACAUGCUGUAUGAGGUUUCUGGUUUCCCACAAAUAUCAGGGAUGGAGAUGUUGUACAAGACUUGUAGUGGGAAAAAUGCACCAGGGAGUGGAUUUGAGGAAAAGAGGGAUACUGCUUUUUCUUCAUUGGAAAAUGGGAUGGUUAGUAGUGGUAGUAAUGGAUUUUACACAGCAAAUUAUGAGUCUGUUUUUGUUUUGGGACAGUGUGAAGGGGAUGUGGGCUCUGGUGAUUGUGGUGAGUGUGUGAAAAGUGCUGUUCAAAAAGCUCAGGUUGAAUGUGGUAGCUCAAUUUCUGGCCAAAUAUUUCUUCAUAAGUGCUUUGUUAGUUUUAAUUAUUAUCCAAAUGGGGCUCCCAAAAGACCAUCAUCAUCAUCUUCAUAUUGGUCUCCAUCUCCUUCAGAAGGGACAGGUCAAAACACAGGGAAGACAGUAGCUAUAAUACUAGGAGGAGCAGCAGGAGUUGGUUUUCUAGUCAUUUGUAUGCUCUUUGCAAGGAACCAAAUGAAGAAACAUGAUGAUUAUUGAAGGGCUCAGCUGUGUAUUAUUAUAAAGGCUGGCAAAUGCUUUUUGUGAGGUGGAUUCUUUCCUUGUUUAGAUUUUCUACCUAGAAGGAAAAAAGAAAAAGAAAUUUUCUUUUGUUGGAAAUUCCUCAAAAGGUGAGGGAGUUUGUGAGCUGUAAUUCUUGGAAUUAUUAGGUAAAAAAAUGAGGAGGACAAAAAUACAAUUUGGAGACAUAAAAUUUUUGAGAAAUGAUGUAACAAUACAUGUUUUUGUCAACUAUGAAGAAGGUUGGAAAGAGCAUUAUAAUGGCUUUGGACUU